AUGGCUCACCACGGCACACCCGUCGAGUACGGAAAGCUGCAGACCCCGGACGUCGAGGAACGACUCAGCUCCGUCAGCAAAGACCCUCACAUGGAAGAUGGCACUGAAGAAGACGAGUCGUACCAGAAGAAGACCCCAGCCGAGAGAAUCGCGUCGGGACGAUUGCAUCUCUCGCCGCGCUCUACUUCUUCAUGGUGGCUGUCAAGUGCCUUCGACUUUGCCAACAACCCUGUGGCUGGACUCAUGAUCGGCACCGUGGCGAUCGCACUGCUCCACAGCUCCGGCACUGUGACGUCCAUCGUGGUGGCGCUCGUCGGGUCCGGCGGCAUGACCAUCCGCCAGGGCGUGUACGUGAUCAUGGGGGCCAACGUCGGCACUUGCGUCACCUGCAUCAUGGUGGCGUUCGGACAAGUGGGCGACCGCGCUCGCUUCCAACGCGCGAUGGCGGCGGCCACGGUUCACGACAUGUACAACAUUUGGUCGGUGUUCGUCCUGUUCCCGCUUGAAGUCGUCUUGCACCCGCUGGAGAAGAUGUCGGUGGCCAUGUCGAACGCCAAGACGAACAGCGGCGCCUUCAACAGCCCCGUCGACACCAUCGUCAACCCGUUGACCCAGACGCUGCUCAUGGUGGACAAGAAGGCCAUCUACAAGGUCGCCACGGGGGACACGGUGUGUACCGACGGCCAGUCGUUCGUGAAGGGAGGCGCGUUCGAAGGCUCCAGUCUCAGCGACGGGAGCAUCGGAGCCAUCACGGUUGCCAUCGGGUUCUGCAUCCUGGUCUGCGCGCUGCUGACGCUGGUGAAGAUGCUGGCUAAAGUCUUCAUGGGUCCCACCAAGCAGCUGAUCUCCAAGCUGCUCAACUUCAACGGCUACAUCAACAUCUUCGUGGGGACUCUGAUCACCUUCUCUGUGCACUCGUCGACUGUCGUCACCUCAACGCUCACGCCGAUGGCUGGCUUGGGCGUCAUCACACUGGAGCAAGUGUACCCGCUGGUGAUUGGGGCGAGCUUGGGCACGACUGGCACUGCGUUGCUGGCAUCGCUUGUGACUGGCAAGUCCGACUCCGUUGCGAUCGCUCUGGUUCACUUCUGGUUCAACGUGUUCGGCAUCUUCCUCUUCUACCCGAUCCCGAUCACUCGCAAACCGAUUCUUGAUUCAGCCCUUGCACUGGCUGUGCUUGGCCGUUAG